GGCUCGCUCUUCAACUGAAGUUCGGUUGGAACUGCCUGUUGUUUUUAUUUCGCUUCGUCUUUCAAGACGCCAAGUUUAGUCUCUCACACACGGAACGAUGAAAGUAGUGGACCGCUGUGCUACUUCAUGGAUGUUGUCGAGAGAGGGUAAAUAAAAACGGCUGACAAGAAAGUGAGAGAGAGAGUGAUUUGGCUUUGUGGGAGACGGAGCUGAGCGAGAAGAAAGGCGCCUAAUGCUAAGAGUGGACUGAGGCGAGCAGGACCAAACUUGAAAAGAAAACCGAAAGUGGCUCCAACUUUUGAGGGAAACAUGGACUGCUGUGUUCAAGAAGACGCAGUGGAUUUGUGUUUUAUCACCUUGGCUGCACCUGAGUAGACAUUAACCAGCCUGUUCUAAUGCCCAGAACCUGCUGCUGGUUUAUUAGCCAUGGCAGCAACAAAAGACUCUGAAAUGACCGUUAGGAAAUGCACCAAAACCCUUCUAGUGUGAUUGGUCAAUGUGGUGUGAGAAGCUGAGGAAAAACAGGAGGGAGAAUGGAAAGGAGAAGGAGCGGCACCCGAGCGGGAAUCCUCCUCUGGACUCCUACGCCAGGGUACUCCUCCUCACCUCCCAGCCCAGACGGGUCAGGCCUCAGCUGGGACGAAGGCGGAGAAGAAGACUUCGAGAGCCAAAUGGAUGAGAAUGGGAUCAUUGGCAUAAGAGAGAGCUUGGGGGAGAUGGACGAAGAAGAGGAGAUUGUAUUGGAGGAAGAAGAGGAUUUGUUAUUGGAUGCAGGGACCCCAGAGCCUGAAGAAGUCCCACCUCCUGCACUGGAAGAACUCAGCUGCCACUUGAGUGAACUGCUGGACUCUGAGCCUUUCUCCCAUCACACAGGAGAUGACUGCCCCUCACCCUCGAACAAUGAUGGCGAUGAUAGUGUUGCCUUGGAGGACUGGAGUGAAGAUGAGGAUGGACAGAAACUUGAUGAGGAAAGUCUGGAGAGAUUGAAGAUCCAAGAAGAUUCAAGGCCAGUGGGAGUGAAGAGUAUGACUAUUGAUGACACUGAGGAGGUUAAAGUUCACAGAGAACCAUUAUUUUGUCUCCGAGAGGAAAUGGACCCGCAGUUUAACUGCAUGGAGAGCCAUGAUGACAACAGUAAUGCAAGAAAAAAUAACUUUACAACCUCAAGAAGUUGCAGAACAACCUCAGGGACCCUAGCAGGCUCACAAUAUUGCUGCGAUGAGGAAUUUAUAUUGAAUGAGAGGCUCCAUGUCUCCUCCUCACCUCUUUCCUCCAGAAACACUCCUCAUUCUCCUGUUCUUCCUUUCCUCCCCCAGCUCUCCUUAGAGGAGCAAGCAUGUAACUCUGGAAAUGGAGCAACUGAAACCUUCCCAGAACUAGCAUACACAGAGAGCAAGUCUCAUGGCACACGAUUAAGCUGUUCUCCUAGAAGUUUCCAGCCUGUCGGAUGCGAGGAAGAGAAACUAGAGUAUGGGGUCAUACCUCAAUUUGGAAGAUCAAUGAGAAUAAAAGAGGAUGAAUUAGAGAGAAAGGUUGUUGGGCCUUACCUUACACACCAUCAGCUUCCUAUCCCCUCUCCCCAAAAAAUAAGCUCUGCACUUCAGGAGUCUCCGCAGUCUUCCAGCCCUGUGCAGCAUGCAGCUAAAGCCCAGAGCUCUUCUUCAGACUCAUCUCCACUCAGCACACCUUAUCACAGGAGGCAUCGAGGACACAGACCCUCCAAACCCUCUCACACUGACCUUAAGGAUGUUCGGAAGGGGCAGCUGAGUCAUCCAUUACCAGAUUUUUCCAAAGUAGAACCCAGGGUUCGUUUCCCUAAGAGUGGCUACAAGCCCCCCAGGAGCCGGAGGCCUCCUCGCAAGAAAGAUUCAAAGCCAGAUGCUCCCUUGGUAUACAGAUCCCCUGCUGACAUUGUGAGGGAAGUUCUGUUGAGCAGUACCGAAGGACUGUCAGACGCUGCAGCCCCUGGUGACCCCCAGGGAUCCCUGAACAGUACAGCACCGACAGAGUUCCAGUGCGCCCUGCAGGCCAGUACGCUGGUCCAGCAACUUCAGGAGGACUAUAAUAGACUUCUAACCAAGUACGCAGAGGCUGAGAAUACUAUUGACCGGCUACGUUUGGAAGCUAAGGUGGGCAUAUACUCUGACCCACCCAAGGCCAGUCAGCCCGCUCUGCCAGGUGUUCUACAGGAGGGGUCAAAAGUCAUGAUGCUAAGUUUUCCCCAGGCUCAGAGGGCAGAGCUUAGCACAAACAAUGUCCAUCCAUCUCAAGAGAGAAUUAAUUCAGAACCUUCCAGAGGGACAUCCACCCUCCGUUUGUCUGUAGACCAUGUCUCUUCCAUGUUGCCUGUCUCUCUGGCUGCCAUACAGCUAACUGAAGCCCUUUCUAAUCAUGUACAGAGAUUUCAGCUACAGGUUGAGGAGUUUGAAGAGCUUCUAAAGAGUGGAAAACUUAGACCAUAUGAACAAAGACAGGGGCUUUCUCAGCUAGCCCAGGGGCAGUCGUCCUUAGAGAGGACUUACCUAGAUGCUCGUGACCAGUAUCAACAGCUGCAGAAGCAGGCAGGAGGCAAGUCCGGAUGUUUUGACCCUGACAGGGAACUUGAAGGUCUGAUCUUCAACUCAGGGAUGAGAUUGGAAGAAAUGAAGGAGAGAAUAGAACAGUCUGAACAGUACGGGCACGUGUCAGACCCUGGCCCAAACCCACCUCCUCAUGCCUACCAGCCCUCUGCAUCUCUGAAUGAGACAGAUCCUCAACCUGAGAGCCCAAUCUCUGCAGUCAAUGCAGAGGGUAUGGUUGGGAUGGAGGUGAGUUCCGUCAGUGGAGACAGUGCUGGAGACAGAGAGGAGAAUGAGGAGGAGAUCCUUCCAUCUCUUCUCAAUCCCCUGCACGAGAAACACCAGCAUGUGGAGAAAGACUUCAAUAGCCUCAUGAACCACUUCCAGAACUUCAGGGAACUGCCCAAGCUGCUGGAUAGAGGGCCAUGUGAGGAUGCUCAAGACUCUCUGGAGUUUAGGGAUUCUUCUCCUCAGACAGCAAGGAAUGAUGGGAUAGAUCUAAGGCAGCACGGGAGGACUAAAGAUAAAGGAGACUCGAGCAAAUCAUUCCAACCGUCCCCAACAGCAGUCUCCCUCUUCUGCCCUUCUAGUCAUUCACAUGGGUAUAACUCUAUGGAAACUCUCCCAGAAGCCCCUCUACCAGCCAGAAUAUUACUAGGACAACAGGCUGGUGAGAUGAGGCCUGCAGGUACCAGGAAGCCCCAUAGCAGCCUGGGAAAGAGUGCAAACCUGGAGGAAAGGGCCUCUAAAGAGCAUGAUGGGGUCCUGAGAGCAGCCCCUCAGGAUGGGGUCAUAUCUCCUGAGACAGACAGUGGCUUUGUGGGUUCAGAGAGUAGUCGACUCACUCCUGCAGCACACAGUCCUGUCCAGCAGAGGGCAGCAGUGAGGCCAUCUGUCACACAGGAGAAGAGCAACAUAAAACCUGAGACAGUGUCUGUCAGUGGGCAGCUUCCUCGCUCCCUGGCACACAUACAUGCCUCUCCUGGUCACUCUGGACGAGGCCCAGGAUCCACAGGGAGAGGAGGAGAGACAGAGAGACAGACCUUGCCUAACCCUUCCACCUCCAGUUCCCCUCUGCGAUGGACUAGUGGCCACCUCCAGCCCUGGCCUAGUAGUGGUAUCAGUGAGCUGGAGCAACAGAGCGACUCUGCCCAGUCCUUAUCAGGAGAGGAUGUACAACAGGGUGACCAGUACACAAAACCAUCCAGUCAGAAUGGCUGUUAUCUCAGAAGCCCCUCCUCCGCUAUGCUCUAUCACCAUGGUGACCACCUCAAAGCCCAAAGUUCUGUCCAGCUGACAAAUCACCAUGAGGCGCUCCAAUCUCUACAGGAGGAGGUGGACAGACUCAGGGAGCGCUUAAAGGGAAGUCUCAGGAUGACCAGUCCAAUCAGUCCAGUGAGAGCACCGCCUUCUGUCUUGGCGGACUGUAGAAACCAUAAACCUUCUCACACAUCCACACCUCUGCAGGCUACUGCCAGGUCUUUGGAGCAAAGAGCAGCCAGCAAAAGAGGACCAAGAGAGAACAGGAGGAGUGAAGAGGAGGAGCAGGGGGAGAGAAGGAGAAUACCAAUGCAUAUUCCAAGGAGAUCAGCAUCUCUGCCCCGUUUCAGACCAGACCUAGAUAUCACCACUGAUUCAGACCAUGCCGAAUCUGAACCCAAGCCACAGACAUCAAGGCAUAUCCCAGCAUCUCUUGCAGCGGCGCAUUCCUCCCAGAGAGCUAGAGCUAAGGUUCGGCAAAGGACAGAGCCCUGCACAAAAAGCCAGCAGAAUAGCAUUUCAGCUGACCGAUCAGAAGAGGGUGAUGAUGAGGCUGAAGACAGCAGAGGGCCAGCGCCCUUGUGUAUGUGCUGCUUGGCAAGAUAUGGCAGUAGAGGCUUUGCACCAGCUCCAACAAGGAAUGUUGGCUCACCCAGUCGUACUCCUCAUUACUCCAGACACUGCCCACUGUGUGGAGCAAGAGUCUCUCCACCUGAACACCAAAACUCUGCUCAGAGGGAAACUAAGUCAGUGAGCUCCAGACACAAGUAUAGAGGGGGUGUGUGCUUGGCAGGACCUCUGCCCCCUCCGGUGAUGGGCAGUGUGCAUGUGGUCCAGUGUGUGCCAGUCUGUCCCUCAGUUCUGUACUACUCCACUCCUGUGGCACCGUCCUCUAACCCAAAGCCCCUUUACCUCUCACGCAGUGAAGAUAGAGGCUACAGAUCAGGGGUCAGAGGUCCUCACAGACGCUCACGCUCUGUGGACACACAACAUUCUCUCAAUAGCUCUCUGAGUCGCGCUGUCACUGCUGCCAGCAGCAUGAAAGAAGUUUCACGACGCAUGGCACGUUCUCUUGCCUCUGGACUACAGCACACGAGCCCUAUCGCGCAGUCCUACACCUACUAGCACUGCAGCACAGCUCAGGGAACCACUCUGCAGCACUGCGGUCUCCUACUGAAUGUCCUACAGAGGAGUUCACCUUCACUAAACUUCCCUUUGACGUGUGUUGAGUAACUCAUUUGUAUAUGAUAAUAAGACAUUGGUACUGCGUGUCCUGUAGAGAUGCACCUUCAUCUAAACCAUAGCAGCUGUACUCUGAUAAAGUCCAGUAAGAACGCACUGCAUU